AAAUCUCCAAACAAUAACACACCGUCUGCAGCAGUAUUCCGCUGCCAGUACCUCCCCGUGCUGGACGACUGUUAGCAUCCCUGUGUCAGAAGUCGUCAUGAGGUUGUGUGUAGUUGCUGUGGUAGUUCUGCUCCUGCUCUCUGCCGUCUGUGACGGCAGACGAAGACGUGGGAAGCGACAACGACACGUGCAGAAAGACAGGUCGUCAUGGGACUGGCCAUCUUCUCAGAACUGGAAAUCUUUUCUGGACAGACUGAUGGGAAGACUGGGUACCCGGAAGUAUGGUUUCGGCCUUGGCCAGGACGAGGACCGCGUCUUUAACUUCGACUUCGGCUGGAACCAGCCAUCCAGAGACUGGUGGAAGGGCCCCAACGUGUGCCUCACCAAGACGGACGAGGAGACGAACACCACGGAGACGGGGGUCGGCACCAUCGCCCGUCACUUCAGCUUCCACAAGCACGUGUGCGACGAGACCGAGUCUGCCUAUAAAUGCACCAUCACGUCAAAGGUCAUGGACAAGCAGAGGGUCGUGACGGAAGUGUACGAGUGUUGCCGUGGAUACGCGAGAAAGGAAGCGGAAUUUGGCUGUCCGAGAAAGGUGGAACUGAAGGACCUGGUAGGGACAGUCCGGAGUCUGGGUCUGAGCGAGUUCCUGCGGGCAGCCGACAGCGUGUCCCUCACAGAGGAGUUCAAACAGGGUAACUUCACUCUCUUCGUCCCGGAAAACAAAGCCUUUGAGGACUUGAGAAGCGCUCUGCCAGAACUGAAGAAAAUUAUGCCAAAGGACAUGCCAAAUGUGGUGAUGGUGUCCAAGCCAGUGUCCAACCUGGUGCUGACGGACACUCAGAACCUCCUCCUGGGUCACAUGGCUUCUGGUCAGUACAAGAUCAGCAACCUGCAGGACGAGCAGCUGGUGGAGACCGGAAGUCCAUACAAGUCCAAGAUCAGGAUCAACUUCUACGAGGGACCACAGAGGCUGAUGACCGCCAACUGUGUACGGGUGAAGUCUGCUGACAUCGUGGCCACCAACGGUGUCGUUCACAAGAUUCAGUCGUUGCUGCAACCUGUGACUGGCACCAUUGUCGACAUCAUCAGCAAGUCGCCACAGUUCGGCAUCCUGAAGACCGCCUUAGCCCGGGCGAAGCUGGUCCACAUGUUCCGAGGCGAGGGUCAGUUCACAGUGUUCGCCCCCACAGACGCCGCCUUCAGGAAGAUGGCGCCACAACUCCUUGAGAAGCUGCUGAGUGGACAGGAAGAGUGUCUACAGAAGGUGCUGAAGAACCACGUUCUGCCGAAUGUCAUCUGCUCUGCCAUCAUCCAAGGUCACGCCAAGUCUUACAACCUCCUCAACGCCUACAUCAACCUCACCCGUGACGACGACGACAAGGUGUUUGUGGGCAAGGCGCAGGUCGUACAGAAGGACCUGAUGGCAACGAAUGGCGUCAUCCACGUGAUUGAUGACGUCCUGGUACCAGACGAAGCCCUGCGUAUAACGGACAUUGUUGAGAAGCACGGGGCAACCCUCAUCCUUGGCCUUCUGAAAGAGGCUAAAAUGAUGAAUGACCUUCAGAAGGCCAGCAACGUCACCUUCUUCGUCCCCUCCAAUAAGGCUAUCCAGGACCUCCCCGAGGAGACCGUCAACUCCCUCAGGGCCAACCCCGACUCCUUGAGGCGGCUGCUUCAGUAUCACAUCGUCCCCGACCGCGUCUCCUUCAACGCCCUCUACAACAACUUCCUUCUGGAAACAUCCAACUCCGACAAGAGGAUUAGGAUCAACGAAUACUCCUCGUUCCCGUUCGGAACCGACUGGAAGCAGACUGCCCAGUGUGCUCCAAUCUCAACCAGAGACGUGGAGUCGUGUAAUGGCGUCAUCAACAUUAUCGAGAAGGUGAUGAUCCCUCCGACCGGCAACGUGGUGGACGUCCUGGCUCUGGACUCGCGCUUCUCUCAGCUGGUGGGCCUCAUCAAGAAGGCGGGUGUGGCGGACCAGCUCCAGGAGGAAGGACCCUUCACCAUCUUCGCCCCAACAAAUCAAGCCUUCAAGACUCUGGGCAAGGACGCCAUGAAGAGGCUACGGAACAACACCGACGAGCUGAGGGCCGUCCUGAAAAACCAUCUGGCGAAGGACGCCCUGUGCUGUGCAAGUAUUUUCAAGAACGGCUGGUAUGGAAGUCCCAGACUCCGGACUAUCGGAGGUGAGGUGUUCCGGCUGGAGCGACGGAGCCAUGACUACAUCCGGAUCGGACCCGCCAUGAUCACCGAGUGCGACAACACCGGCAGUAACGGGGUUGUCCACGUCAUCGACCGUGUGCUGGUGGAGGGGGAGAGAAAGCAGAUGCUAGCCAGGCUGCUCGGGAAGGGCCAUGGGAAUUGGGGGAGGGGCCAUAGGAACUGGGGGAGGGGCCGCAACGUGCGACCCCGCUUCUAGCCCUAGACGGCGACACCAACAAGCUCGUUAGCAGGGGAUCUGUGGCCAUGACAACAAGAACGGACUUAUAUACCUACCGCAGAGUGACUUUAGCUACAAGAUCAGUUAGUCUCUCACCUAUUUUCUGUUUUUGAUGUUUUUUGGUCUUAAUUUGGAAUUUCGGGAGGAAACAUACAUUUUUGAUAUCUUAUGUAUAUUGCCAGGAGUUGUACUGCCAUAUGUUAUACUGCCAUUUGUUUCACUGCCACAAGGUGUUCUACCCUACAAUGUUUCCCUCGCAGGUAUUCUUCUUCUGUGUGUUAAACUGCCAGGUGUUCUACUGUCAGGUGGUCUGCUCUAAGGUGUCCAACUACGAGCUAUCCCUCUGUGAGGUGUUCCAGUCAGGUGAUAUGGCUCAUUACAGCUGGGCUCUACUUUAGUAUGCCAGAAAUUACAGAGUUAGAGGUUGCAUAUACAAGCAGAGUAACUUCACUCACUCACUCAGAAUGUAUUGCUGGAGACCAGGCAGCCAGAAUGUUCAAACUGUCAUCAAGUCAGUCAAAACAAUUUUUAAUUAUAUAGCAAUCAAUUUAGGAUUGCCCAAACUGAGUUGAUGUCAGAGUUUCACAUGAGUUGUCAUUUCUGGUAUUAAUGGAGUAUUUUCAAAAUAUCGUAAAACCAUUCUCAUUCAUGAUCUAGUGAGUGAGCUGAGUGACACCAGGUGUCCACAUGGUCGAUGUUUCCUCCUCCACCUCUGUACAUAACCUCCUGCCUCUGUACAUAGCAAUGUGAUGUCCUAUACAUGUACGUCAUACAUCUACAGAACAGUACUCCAUCUUGAAACUCAUUAAUAUUCUUUCUAAUAAAAUAUGCAAUUUA